CAAACAAUCUCCAAUGCAAAAUACAAGUAGUUUAGGAAAAAAAAAAUCGAGUUAUUGUACAUCCAAUUAAAUUAGCCACAAACACGGUUAACAUGAUUUUAUAUCGUUUAGAAACAUGAUGUCACGGCACUAACCAUUUUAUCAGGAGAAGCAACUGCAAUUGCAAUACAACAAACCAACAAACGAGAGAGAAGCAAUCAAUUCAACAAAAGCGCGGGCAACGAGGGUGCUUUAAUACUGAGAUUUAUGCUGCACAUUAGCAGAAGCAUGUGUGAAUUGAAGCUCAAAUGAAUUAAGACUAAGGAAACAAUGAAGAAUUGAAGAAGAAGAAGAGGAGGAGUUAAAAAACAACCAUGUCAGAAUCAAACGCAAUUGCAAAUGGUUUAGCUGGUGCAGGUGGUGGAAUUAUUGCUCAAAUCAUAACUUAUCCUCUUCAAGCGGUAAAUACGCGCCAGCAAACUGAGAGAACACUCAAGAGGAACAAGCAAAGUUUUACCUCCAACUCAACCACUGCUCCUGGCACUCUUCUUCAGAUCUUUCAGGUCAUUGGAACUGAGGGUUGGGGUGGACUCUAUAGUGGCCUCAAGCCUUCUCUUCUUGGAACUGCUGCUUCUCAGGGCAUUUACUACUAUUUCUAUCAAGUUUUUAAGAAUAAGGCAGUGACCAUUGCAGCUGCGCAGAAAGUGAAAGGGCGUGGAGAUGGUACUGUUGGGAUGUUUGGUUGGCUUGUUGUGGCUGCAAUUGCUGGGUCCCUGAAUGUGUUGUUCACAAACCCAAUAUGGGUUUUGGUGACUCGGAUGCAGACUCAUACUCAAGCACAAAGGAAAAUCAUGGAGGAAAAGAAAGAAGCUUUAAGGAAGGCUGCUUCUGAAAGCACCAUAGCAGACUCAACAUUGCAAGACAAAUUGGCUGAACUGAACUCUAUAAAACCUCGGCCAUAUGGAACUAUACACGCAGCUAACGAAGUCUACAAUGAAGCGGGUAUAGUUGGAUUUUGGAAGGGAGUCAUCCCUGCCCUUAUUAUGGUAUGCAAUCCAUCAAUUCAGUUUAUGAUUUAUGAGAGCUCAUUAAAGCAUCUAAGGGAAAAACGAGCUGCUAAGAAGCAAGGGAAUACAAGUAUAUCUGCUUUGGAGGUCUUUUUGGUGGGAGCAAUAGCGAAACUUGGAGCUACUGUCUCAACAUAUCCAUUACUAGUUGUCAAGUCAAGGCUUCAAGCAAAACAGGAGAUUGGUGGAAGUAGCUCAUUAAGAUACUCAGGUACUUUUGAUGCGGUACUUAAAAUGAUCCGCUAUGAAGGAUUACCUGGCUUUUAUAAGGGGAUGAGCACGAAGAUAGUACAAAGUGUUUUUGCAGCUUCUGUUCUAUUCAUGGUUAAGGAGGAGCUUGUUAAGGCUUUUAUGGUUCUGGCGGAUAAGAGCAAAAAAGUUGUAUCAAAUAUAAGUAGUUGACUUUCUUCUUUUGGAUAAAGAAAGUAAAACAAGUAGUUGACUUCUUUACCAUAUCAAAGGGAUAACUUCCUCUCGGUCUACCUCUUACUAUUGGUUAUUCACAGAUUGUGGUGAGAGAAUUAUGAAGUCUUCACCAAAUAAUGGAUGAAGCUAACUCCAGUAUUCCACUAGUCUAGAUGAGCCAUCCUCUCUGGACAUAUGUUAUCUCUUUGAAGUGCUGCAGAUCACUUUGGAAACUGUCACAUAGUUGGUGUUCAAGAUCCAAGGAACUGUCUAACUCUUAAAACAUGAAAGUGGCUUCCUCCAACAGCAGAUUAUUCUUGUUUUCAGUAACUGCAGCCCUUUGUGUUCUGAACUUUCAUUACUAAGUUUGCCAUAUAUCAGUGUAUUUCUGAGUUUAAAAAGCAUUCUUUUCCAAAAAAUUAAAAACAAAAAAUGCAUUUAUAGAUAAUUCUUUAAUAAAUAAACAGACUACCAUUAUGCUAAGCCAUUGAAUUGCAUGUAUGUUGGUGCAGAGAAGUUACUAUGUCAUCAUACAAUAUACAGUGGUAGAUAAAGUUUUUAUUUUUUUUCAUUUGCAAUGAGUUGUUUAUGUAGCUGAAUCUUGAGUGAGAGGAAAGUUGGGAGUAUGUUUGUUUUAGUU